AUGGAACGAUCUAUAAUGAUGGUACAUGCAACCUUGUUUUGGUUGAUUUUCCUUCUCUUGUCUGUGUCUAAUAGUUUUCUCCGAGAAUCAGUGUAUGAACCUUUAGCAGGUGAAUUGUGGAGUCAUAUAUUUGCAACAUCUAGUCUUGUUUUGAUUAAUUUACUAUUAAUGUAUUACUUUUUUAUGCAAAAGAGAAGUUAUAAAAAGCAAGCCUUGAUAAAGGAGAAGAGAGAAAGAGCAUCAAGUGCUGCUAAUAGCAACUCCGAAGGUACAUCAUCCCUUACUGGCGGAUUAUCAAAUUUAACAUUGAGCAAUAUUUCAAAUACGACGAGGAAAUUAUUUUCUUUUGAAAGAAAGAGAAAUAUGUUCUUGAUUGGUGUUUGGUGGCUCUUGUUGACCAUCUUGUUUGAAUUGUUUAUUGGAUGGAUUAGAGGAGUUGAUGGAUUGAGUGAAUCAAAGGAUUAUUCUUGGUUAUCUUACGUUUCUGUGAUGAGAUGGGCAAAGAGUCAUGUUGUUAUUUUGAUUGUUGGUGUACAAUUAAUGUUCCCAAUUCUUAUCGGAACACUUGUUAUGAGAAUGGACGAAAAGGCAGAAAUUGUGGACAGAGAUUUGAAUGAAUUACAACAUGCUGAACAAGAAAAGAAAACCAUGUAA